ACGUGGUAGUUGAUGGAGGGUUAUGGUUACCCGUACCUCCCCACUUUUCCCCCGGCGGGACAUAUGGAGGGGGAGUAUCCUGACCAUGGCGAUGGCUUCGGGGAUUACUAUGGGAUGUCCGUUUUGAAAGACGACAGAGAUAUUGGGAGAAGACCAAGCCGUUCAAAUCAUCGAAGCCGAAGGACUUUUGUACUCGACGAUUCGAGGUCACGAAGCAAUGGUACCAAAUCGCAGUCAAGGUCACAUACCAGGUCGCGAAGUCACAGCGGCACCCGGUCAGUCAGUCAGAAUAAAGAACUGACGUUCAAGGAGCCAAGUUUCUUGGACGCUUUCAGAGUGUUGUACAUAACGCCAAGUAGAGCCCAAAGGAGUACCACCCGUUAUCUGGCCACAAAGAAACGCCAAGAUAAAAUUCAGGAAAUCCUCAAGAGCGACGGCCUAGGGUCCAAACGGUGGCUGUUCUAUCCCCGAUCCCAAAUCCGAGCUGAUGAGGAAACCCCUGAAGCGAGACCUGUUCCUGGAACACGCGAUAAUUGCGAUCAGAGAAUUAAAAUUGAUGGAGAAUUCUUCAGGAAAUACAAGAGGAAGAACAAAGUUGACAGCGACGCGCCUAUAGCGAAGCUUAGGAGAUGGGAGUUGAUACUGUAUAAAAAACUAGGGUUCAUACAAGCUGUUUAG